AUGGUGUUUUGUAUAGAGAACCUGGUGAAGGGGCGAACCAAGCAGACGCUUCCUAUUCCAUCCUUUGGCACAUUUCUAUCCUAUUCCUAUAAGGACAAGGUGGUGGGAGGUAGGAAAAAGGUCAAUCUUAGCAACUCCUUCCCCUCCAGCCCUGUUUCUCUCCCCUUCCCUCCCCCAAGCCCCCUCACACCAGGGCAUGCUAGAGCAGAGCACUUCCAAUUGAUUUUCCUAUUGGGGGACGAGGGGUGGGAGAGGAAAGAGCAGAGCACGUCAAAUGAGUAUUAUUAUGAGGAUGAGGUUGUGGGAGGGCAGGAGCCUAGAGAAGAAGAUGAAGAGGAGGAGGAAGAGGAGGAGGAGGAGAGGGAGGAGGAGGAUGAUGACGUGGACGUUGAUGAUGAUGACAUGGAUGGGGAUAUUGUGGAUCGGGAUUUCGAUCUGAAUGCUGACGUGACAGGAGGGUCGGAAGGAGGGGUAGGUUCAGAAAGAGGAGGGAUAGGGUCGGAAGAAAGGGGGGUAGGUUCGGAAAAAGGAUCAGCAGCAGGAGGAGGAGGGAGCGAAGUCACCAAGGGGGGCAGCAUCAAAGAAGCCUUUUCUGGAAGGGAAGGGGGGAGAAGUAGCAGGGGAGAUUGUGGGGCGAGCGGUGGGAGUGGGUUGAGUGGGUUGCGUGGCGGCUCAGGAUCUGGUUCGGGAUCAGGUUCGCGAUCAGGGCCGGGAUCAGGGUCAGGAUCAGGGUCGGAACAGCAGGAGGAGAAGGGGCAGAAGGAGGGGGGGCAGGAGAGGGAGCAGAAAAAGGGGGGAGACGAAGGGAUGAAUUCAGGCGGAUCCAGCCCCUCUAUAAGCACAUCAUGGGGCUUUUCCCGCUCGUACACCUCCUCCUCUACAGUCACCUCCAUUACUGCCACUUCUGGUAACAAUAAUAACAGCAGUACUAGCGGCAAUGCUACUGGUAGUGGUGCUGGUAGUGGUGGUGAUGGUGGUGGUGUGAAGGAGCUGGCUAGGAGGAGAACGACGGGAAGAAUGGGCAGCCGCAGCUACGAUCUAGGGGCGUUUGUGAGGGGCAGGUCGAAGGAGGCAGCAGGGAAAGCGGAUGGUGAUUGCAUCUGCAGCAGCAGCAGCGGCGGCGGCGGCGGCGGUGGUGGUGGUGGUAGCAGUGGUGGCGAUGGCGGUGGGUCAGAAGCAAGUGGGGCAGUGGCAGGAGCAGGGGCGGGAGCAGCAGGAGGAGGAGCAGGAGUAGGAGCAGGAGGAGGAGGGGGGGUGCCAUGGCGGUGGAAAGUGAAGCCACGGAUGAGAGUGGGGUUGUCAGAGGAUCUGAGGAGGUGGCUGGAGCAGCAGUCGGAGAAGACAAGUCAGAUUAUGAAAGCAUGCAUGUUUAUCAACCAGCAGAUUCUUCAGGAGAUGGAUGUUCCAGAUGCAUUCUUGCAGCGAUUGCCCAAGAGCUUGAAGACAAUACUGGGAGACAGGGUGUACAGUGUGCUACUCUCAACGCCUUAUAACGAGGAUAAAGUGCUCAGCGCAGUUGAUUUGAGCAAUCAAAGGGCGGCUUUAAAACUGGCAUGCAAGAUGGAAGCAGCACAGCAAAUCUGGAUCAGGCAGCUUCAAACAGCCAGGGAGCCCUAUCUCACGCACACGCUGGGCGGCAGUUAUUUGUCCACUAGCAGCCGCGAGAUCAUGCGGUUGGAGGAGAAUCUGGAGCGGGUGGCAGCGUGCCUCGCUGCCAUCCGCCGCAUGUGGCCGGACCUCCCCCAAACCACUCUGGACCUCGCCAAAAUCGCAUUCAACCGGCACCUGCGCCAACCCACCUUCCCCUCGACAUCCGCUCUCUCCCUCCCUCCAUUCUCCCUGGUGAUCUCCCCCCUGCUCUCCCUGCCCCCACCACCAUGCCAUCAGGACAUCGGCAAGGCAGUUCUAGAAAGCUACUCUCGAGUGCUCGAAGGGGCUGCCUCUAACAUCCGAGCGCGCCUGCGAGACGUGCUUCACGCAGAUCACCUUUUCAACAACCCCCAGCUCUUCCCCUUGCAAGACGCACCCUCAGACCCUCGCCCGCAGCACCUGCGCCACCCCACCUUCUCUCUCCUCAUGCCAGACACUGUCUUUGACGCGGUUUCAGUUUCUGGAGGGAGUGAAUCUUCAGCGAGUAUUCGCAGCUUUGAGUCGAGCAGGAGUGGGAGCAGCGGGAAGGGCGGGAGGCAUUUCCGGGGUGGGAGUAUGGUGUCGGAUUCGGGAGUGUCGAGCCCUGGCGGGGGUGGGGGUGGAGGUGGAGGUUCAGGUGGGAUUUCAGGUGGGAAGUCAGGUGGUGGGAGGUGGGACAUGCGGCCGCCCAGGAGUCCCGAGUUGCGGAUUUCGUCUGUAGCGCCGGCAGGUAUGAGCCGGUUGGGUGGGAAUGGGAGCGGUGGAAAUGGGAGCAGCAGCGGGAUGAGUUUCCGGGAUCGGUUUCGGAGCGCCACUCUAGCAGCCCCCACCACCAGCGCUGCUGCCGCCACUACCGCUGGUGCUGCUGCUGAUGCUGCUGGUGGUGGUGCCGUUGGUGAUGCUGCUGCUGCUGGUCCUGGGUCUGGUGCGAUGGGGUAUUCCCAGUCACUACCAGCACACGAGCCCAAGCAGCAGCAGCCAUACCUGCGCAGAACAGGGUCGUUUCAACCGAGCUCCCAGAGCCGAUUCGGCGUGAUGCGGACGGUAAGGAGGAGUCAAAGCGGGGGGCUGGAGGAGGAGGUGAUGAGGCUGAAGCUUGAAGCAGGGGAGGCUGGAGGGGACUCGCCUGUCCUGACUAAGACCCCAGGGUUCGUGCUUGUGUCAGCGUCGCAGAGUGGUGGUGGUGGUGGUAAUUCGGGGGGGUUCUCUUCACGACCGCCCCACCCACCCAAUCGCUCCGCUAGUGGUGAUUGGACGUAA